AUGGAGUUGAAUGCAUCAGUUGCAGGUUUCCACGGGGUACAUAUUAAAACGGCUUCUGCUGGAAUUUCUAGGGUAACAAUUGGAGUUAGAUCAAAGCAAUCUGCACUUAAAACGGCUACAGCUAUUAGAUCAAUUCGCUGUCAAUAUGUUACCCAUUCUUGUUCUUCUUCUUCUUCAUUGUAUGAUGUUCUCUGUGUCUCUCCCAACGUGAGUGCGACUGAUAUAAAGAGUGCAUAUCGUCGGAUGGCUCGCAAAUACCAUCCUGACGUCUGCCCUGCUGCAGAGAAAGAAGACUGUAGCAGAUUGUUUCUUCAAGUCCAGGAGGCUUAUGAAACUCUGUCGGAUCCUCUCCUCCGCCAGGAUUACGAUUGGAGACUUCAAAACGGGAUGGAAUUUAGCCAGCGAGGAGACAGAUUAGAGAGCUGUAAUAAUCUGUGGGAAGCUCAGCUAAUGGAGUUGAUAAAAAGGAGAUCUGGUUAUAGUUCAUCAUCAUGGGGCAGCAGAAUGAGAGUACAAAACCAACAGGCCGCUGCUUGUUGA